AUGGCAACAAAGAUGAAGAAAAUUCGAGACAUCAUCUUACGGUCUGGGAAACGCUUUGUCGACUUACGAAAAUAUAAAUUCAAGACUAACCACGACCCUGGUAAAUCGUCUGCGGCACCGACGGCUUCGUUUCAUCCUGCAACUAUAUCAAUCGCCCCUCCCGCCGCUGCCCAUAUAAUCACGUUGUCAUUUCAGGAGAUCGAGCCUGAGAACAUAUCACCUAGUACUGUAUUGACACCUAGAACACCUAGUACUGUAACAAUGGACACAGAUUAUACUUUUUGGAAGACAGAUGAUUCGGUUGUUGAGCCAGACUGCAGCUAUCCACUGAAAGACGGGCAUGAAUCUGAACACCUUGCUUUGGAAGUGGUGCAUCAGAUGUUUGAACAACUAAGAUUACUAGCCUCUGAAAACAAACAUCUGCCACAUUGUCGUCUCAUGUGA